AUGGCCCUGUCUCUCCUUGUACGGAUAGCAGCGUGCCUAGCACUGAUACUAUACGCUCGAGCAGACAAGGACAGUUACUGGCGCAGCCAGAGGUAUGGGAGCGGCUUUGACGGGCCGUUUCCCCUGCAGCGGUACGCGUCGAAGGGGAUUCGGGGUCCGAUUCUGAAUUAUUGGCAGCGCAGUGUGGCGUGCAGUAAUGGGUAUACUCUUCUCGCGCCGCGUGGUCCGGCGGUGCGCAACGCCGGGCCGAUGAUUCUGGACUCGGAGGGCCAUCUUGUUUGGUUCAAAGAGUAUGAGUAUUUGGUUACGUUCAAUGUCAAUGUUUAUACCUAUAAGGGCGAGAAGUACUUGACGUACUGGACGGGGACCCAAGUUGACGGAGCCCAUCCUGUAGGUGUGGGUUAUAUGCUCAACUCCCACUACGAAGAAGUAUACAAAAUCACCGGCGUGAACGGUCUGGACUUUGACAUGCACGAGUUCCAGAUCACGCUCAACGACACGGCCCUCUUUGUUGCUUACGCGAUCACCCCCGCCGACUUGCGCGAAGUAGGCGGAUUAGAAGACGGGUGGAUCUGGGAUGGGAUCAUUCAGGAAGUGGACGUCGAGACGAACGAGCUGCUUUUCGAAUGGCGCGCCUCGGAGCAUUUCUCAUUCGCAGAGGUCGACCGGGAGCGUGAAGGGAAUGGCGAUAGUAAAGAACAGCCAUGGGACUUCUUCCAUAUCAAUAGUGUCGAUAAGGACGAGAAGGGCAAUUUCUUGAUUUCGUCGAGGUUUAUGAGUUGUCUGGCGUAUAUUGAUGGCCGGACGGGUGAUAUUAUCUGGAAAUUGGGUGGGAAGCUCAAUUCCUUCGUGGAUUUAUCGGAGGGUGCCGCGUCAAAUAUCAGCUGGCAGCAUCAUGCUCGCUUCCAGAAGGACUACGACACCGAGACUACGCGAGCUAUCACCAUCUUCGAUAACUCGUCUCGUGGAAAAGGCGCACCGGAGAACCCGAGCCGUGGAUUGUUCAUCGAUAUCGACGAGACCAACAUGACCACCUCCCUCCGACAGGAGUACUGGAACCGACUUCCGAUCAGCAGCCAGUCCCAAGGCUCGGUACAGGUUCUGGACAACGGCAACGUGCUCGUUGGAUACGGAUACAAUGCAGCAUGGACCGAGUUUUCCUCCGACGGCGAGGUGCUCUGCGAAGUACACUUCGGUUCCGAAUAUGACUUCUACACCGGGCAGAUCAUGUCAUACCGCGUUUUCAAGCAGGACUGGGUCGGUCGGCCUCUUACCAAUCCCGACGUGGCACUGGCUGAGACGCACGCUUCCGUGAGCUGGAAUGGAGCUACGGAGGUUGCGACCUGGGUGUUGCAGGGUGCAUUCGCACAGCAGAAUGGGACUGUGCGGCGCUUUGUUUAUGUGGAGGAGAUGAAAGAUGUGGAGCUUGAUUUCAUACUCGCUGUUCCGAAGACUGGGUUUGAGACUGUGAUCAAUAUCCCGCCGGAUUGCCCGUACAGAAAGUUACGUAUUGUCGGGCUUGACAAGACAGGUGGAUAUCUUGGUGCAUCGCCGUUGAUGGACUGGGAUGACCCGAAGAAACUGGGACUGGAGGUUGCCGUUUAUGAUGGGGAGGAUGAGGAUGAGAUGAAAGUGCAUAUCCCGCCUGCUCUGAUGUUCGGGAUGGGAUUUGUGACUGCUACGGCUGUCGUUUUGUGUGCAUUGCUUGUGUGGAAGUAUGUACCUUUCUGUACUUGGAGGCGGUCUUUCGCCAAAGAUGGCCAUGAAGUGGGUGGCACUCAACGGCAGACCGUGAAUUCUGGAGAGGAACUGGAUGAACUGGAUGACCUGAGUGAUUUGGAGUAUGGGGUGCGAGCAGACGAUCCUCUCUUGACGCGGGAAGAGGACAAGUGA